AGUUUACAAUACCUCCUCAGGAAUAACAGGGUACAGGGUGAUCUGUUGUAUAGAUGUUAGUCGACCCGAAACUCCUGGGCUUGACCCCCUUUAUAUAAUGCAUUGUUCAUUAACGGAGUUGAGAUGCUAUCUCCCCAGAUAAGGAAUACUGAUCUACCGACAUCUUGUGGGUCAGUCUACUGUGAUGCCACCUCACUACGAAGUAUGGCCGCCUUCAAAGUUGCAUAGGUAAGACUAUUAGCUGAGUUACUUCGUUGUUACUAACAUGGUAUAUAUAUAUGUAUAAAGAAAAAGAAAAGCCCAUAGGUGCUCGAUGCCUACCUAAGAUAAAAUAAGCAAUAUGUAUAGUAUCCUAAUAAUCCGUUUUUAGCAAUAUCUCCGUCAUAUAUGAUACUUUUACCGCGCAAGCCGUUGGUCCUAUCUACGUUGACAGACCGCGGACUCGGCUUGAGAUCAUGAACAACGCUGGUAACAAAUAUUGGUCCAAAGAUGAAGAAGAUCUGAAGCUCGUCUGCGAUAGCUUAGUUAUCGCUAUUCUCUGGGUAUACGCAUCGGAAUAUAAGUUAGAUAGUGAGUGGUCAUUUCAAUUUGUCACGCUAGAUUCCGAUGAUACUAAUAUAGUUAGUUAGUUGGAUGUUUAGUUCUUGCUUACAUACAACCGGGCUUUGGACAGUUAUGUUUCAUUUGACGGCAGCAAGCCUUCUGGAGAGAAGGAAGUCGCCUUAAAGGGCAAGGGAUAUAUACCAGCUUAUUUGGGGAAAGCAGUGAAUGUUACGUGGCUUGGCAUGUUCAGGUUUUGACGCAUCUCGUCGCAGCUGUCGUCGCAGCUAAAUUCAUCCAGUCAGCCGGUGCAAUCGGAUGUGAAUAAGAGGUACCCCACUUGAAAUGUAUAAAUUUUGGAAUGGAUAGGUACCUCAGCUAGGCAAGUCUGCAUUAUGUACAUCC